CGUCAGUCACCUGCCRGCAUCCUGUACAAUGGAUUAAAGCGACCUACUGCACAUUAACCUAACAACUUCCAGUGUCACGUGUUGAGCAAUCGGUCAUGAGGUUUAAUUGUGUACGAAAGGAAGAACAUCUACGGUGACAAAAUGGUGUCAUUAAUCUGCACGCUCCAGGACCAUCGAGAUGAAGUAUAUUGGUGCGCGUUCUCCCCCACARUACUGGCGACUUGCUCCGGGGAUAAGACCAUACGCGUCUAUAAUACCAAUGACUUCUCGGAGUUGCCGUUUUCGCCUCUGUCAGGCCAUCGCUAUGGAGUUCACUGCUGCAGUUUCAGUGUAUGUGGCACCUACCUGUUCACCUGUUCCACAGACGCUUUAACUAUCAUUUGGAGUAUGGCAACAGGUGAGGUAACGACAAAAUUUGAACAUCCUGGAGGAAGCCCAGUCAGGGUGUGCUCACUGUCUCCCGACUCCUCUCUCCUGCUGUCAGGGGCAUCAGAUGGAACCUUGGCCCUUUGGGAUUUACACACUAAGAAAUUACGCAAAUCUAAGGCCGUGACAGAGGCCACGGUGAUGGCGUGCUGCUUCGCUCCGUGUGGUCAGAUGUUUGUGACAGGAUGUACAUCUGGAGAUAUCAAAGUGUGGGAUCUGGACACGAAGCAGCUCUAUGCAGAGAGGGAUGCCCAUGAUAUGGGGGUGACCUGCUGCCAUUUUGCACCCCAGUUUGACAUUGAUUUCAGUUCGGUGGAGUUUCGAUUGGCCUCCUGUGGACAGGACAGUCAACUGAAGGUAUGGAUCGUAUCUCAGCAUGGUGCAGCAGCCUGUGAGAUGAAGCUGCUCCACACUCUGACUGGCCAGUCGGCCCCUGUGCUAUCCUGUGCCUUCUCUUCUGAUGGUGAGCUGCUUGUCUCAGGCUCAGUGGAUAAAACCGUGACUGUGUACAAUGCGAGCGAUGGAGUCCUUCUUCACACUUUGAAACGGCAUGAGAGCUUUGUGACAGCCUGUGCCUUCUCUCCAACCCUGCCCUGGAUGGCUACUGGCUCCAUGGACAAGAAGGUCAACGUGUGGAGGAUAGCAGAUAGAGAUAGCGGGCAGGCUCAAUCCAGGAACCCCUCAUGCCAAGGAGCAGGAAGGAAGCUGUCAGGUCACUCCAGGCUGCUGGUGAGCGACUGGUCCGAGGAGGAUGUGUUGGCCUGGCUGAGUGAGGAGGGUCUGGAGGAGCUGGUCACCACCUUCACAACCAACAACAUAGACGGCCCUGAGCUGCUCUGUCUGACCAAGGAGACCCUGGCCUCAGAGCUGAGCGUUGAGUCGGUGGGUCUCCGUGGUAAAGUCCUGAGGAAGGUGGAAGCUCUGAAGGCAGAGUUGACCGGACUAGACGCCCCAGAUGAGUUCCUCUGUCCAAUCACCAGAGAGGUGAUGAAGGACCCUGUCAUUGCUGCAGAUGGAUAUUCCUAUGAGAGAGAGGCCAUUGAGAGUUGGAUCAGCGCUAAGAACCGCUCCAGUCCCAUGACCAACUUACCUUUACCAACCACUCUGGUCAUGCCCAACAGAAGCCUGAAGACCGCUAUUGGCCGUUGGACUGCCACUCAGUGAUGGAUUGGUGUACGAGUAAUCAGUAAUGCCUUACUCUGAAGCAGACUGUAAAAUGAGGUCACCCAAUUGUUUCCUAUGAGAAUACUCAGUGGUACAUUUGAUGAUCAGGAAGUGUCAUUUCACCAUGUCACCAUCUUGCUACAUGGAGUUUUUGGAAACAUUGCAUGCGCAGUUUGAGCAACUCUAGGAAGUGACGGUGCAGACUAGCUCAGUGCUGCACCCUCUCAUGGAGAACCUCAAGUUGAAGGCCAACCAGGUACUACAGGCUACCAUUAGCAACUAAAUGAUCCUUAGAACUUUGUCUGUGUGUGAUUUUUAAAGGAAUUGCUUCAAAGACAUACAUCCAGUGAAAUAGAAAUCAUGUACCAUGAUUGUGUUUGUGAUUACUGACAAUCAGUUCACUGCACAGUUCUAUUACAUACUUUUGAUUAAACAAGGGUGAUUAUUCAUGAAUGAAUGAUAUGUCGUUUGCCUGUGUGUGCCUUGUAAAUGACUAGAUCUUUACAUAAUUUGUGCAAUAGGAUUUUGUUGGAAUAAACUAAACUGAAGUCGACGUUUAUACUGUAUAUGCAGUAUAAACAUGUGGUUCUAAAAUGUAUUGUGUAACUUUGCUCUGGUCCAGGAUGUUUAGUGUGCAUUCAAACGGGCACUACCGCCCUGGACCAGAGCUAUGUUGAACUGUGCCUCGUCUGUUCCCUGCUACAAUGACAGCCAGCAGGCCUGAGUGUUUUCUCAGUGGGAUUUUAUUUCCCUAUGUUGGGAAUGGCAGUAAUGUUAUAUUACAGUAUGUGAUUAUGGGUAACACAGCUCACAAUACUGGAAACAUGGCAACCAUUUCAACAUACAUACAUAUUAAAAUAUUAUCGAUGGCACCACGCUCCCCCAAACCUUUUGUUUAUAGAUUAAAAAAAAAAAACUCUUUAUUAUAAAUUGAAAUUGUGGCAUGCACUUAAACCAAUAUUACUUUGACAGAGCUUAUUAUUGAAAUCGUAAAAUGUCUUAGUAGCUGUGCAAAAAUAACUAUAUAAAAUAUUUUUUUUUUUUUACAAUGAAUCAAGCUAUAGACGCUGUAAAUAAAUUAACGUGACAGCAACGACAAGCAGAUACAGAGAGGAUUUAGUUAACGUUAUCGGGCAAUUUAUAGAAUGUACAAACAUAUAAACAAAUACAUCAGAACCUUGAACACAGUUGGAACCAAAUUGUGCAUAAAAUAAACCUCAAAAUACAGAUAAUUUGAACAAGUCAAUACACUGACAUUGAUCUUCACUCAAAAUAAGGAAUAAUACAUAUUUAUAUAUACACAAUGUGAGGAUCUACAACAUCCUUAGAACACAGGAAUGCCCAUCUUAAACAUAUCCUUACAGCUCUUCUAAAUAGCUCUGUAAUUCUGCCAUCAGCACCA